UGCCGUCCAACUUCGGCUACAGUUCUCCUUCCGCAUACGGUUGGUGUUUCCGCACGAGCUUCACUGAACAAUACUUCUCAGAUUGAAACAGAAUAGGCUUAAAGGUUGACACAGAAUGCCCCAUCACCACUUUAGCGAAGUAAAACAAAAUUUAGUGAAUCGUCAAAUCCGUAUAAAGGGGUCUUAGUGUACUUCUCACAAAAGUCUUGUUUGCUAGCUGCGAACAAAGAGACGCGUUUGUUCGCAGCGCAUCGCUACGCGGAAAUCAAGAGUCAGAGCCAAGUGUUUUAUUAUUGUGUGAAAAUGUGUGCAAAAAUAGUGAACGAUGACUACGACGAAGCACUUUGUCGAACAAAAGAAGAGGACGAGCAGCAAAGUCAACUAUUGGACGUUGUUUUCAAGAAGCCUCAUGCUGUGUUACACGGAACAGUCAUCUGUGAAGAUCUUCCUGCUGAGCAGCAGGCGCAAGACCCCUCUUACUUUCACGAGGAAGAGGAGCGACAGCCCCGCUGCAUUAAAGAGGAAGAGGAGAACCCAGAGCCCCCAUGCAUUGACGAAAAUGAGAAUGAGACGCCCCCCGAUGUUAAAGAAGAAGAGGAGGAGGAAGAUGUCACCACAUUGCCCUUCAAUUGUGUCAUUGUGAAGGUUGAAGGUCAUGAUGAAGAUGAAGGUGAUGGAGACCACUGUAAAGGAUCACAAGCAGACAUCUUAGCUCCCCAAUCAGAUAGUGACAACACAACGUCACAUUCACCUGACUCUGAUGAUGAACGCGCAAAAGGGGAUGUUACAUGUCACACUGACGGCAAACGUUGGGAAUGCUCUCAGUGUGGGAAAAGUUUUGAUGCCAAGUAUACUUUGAAAGUGCACAUGAGAACACACACUGGAGAGAAACCCUAUUCGUGCUCAGUCUGCAACUUAAGCUUCAGUGUCCGUUCUUCCUUGGUUAAUCACAUGAGAACACACACUGGGGAGAAACGAUACACCUGCUCAGUCUGUGGUAAAAGAUUCACUCAGAAGGGUCAACUGACAACACACACAAGGAUUCAUACCGGCGAGAAACCUUACCUCUGCUCAGUCUGCAACGUGACUUUCAGUCUUCGUUCGUCCUUGGUCAAACACAUGAGAAUACACACAGGAGAGAAACCUUAUGCUUGCUCAGUAUGCAACAUCAGUUUCAGUAUUCGAUCAGGAUUAGUUCGCCACUCAAGAAAACACACAGGGGAGAAACCUUUUGCCUGUUCACUGUGUGGGAAAAGAUUCACUAUAAAGGGAAGCUUAAUAACACACACAAGAACCCAUACCGGAGAGAAGCCUUUUGUUUGCUCGAUCUGCAAUUUAAGUUUCAUUGAUCAUUCAGGGUUGCUCCAACACAAGAGAACACAUACUGGUGAGAAACCUUUUGCCUGCUCAAUUUGUGGCAAAACAUUCUCUUUAAAGGGGAAUUUAACCACGCACACAAGAACGCACACCGGAGAGAAACCUUUUGCAUGUUCAGUCUGCGACUUAAGUUUCACUGACCGCUCGGGGUUGCUUAAACACAUGAGAACACACACUGGGGAAAAAGAGUUUUCCUGCUCGGUGUGUGGCCAAAGAUUCUCUCAGAGAGGCACCAUGACAAGACACUCUAAAAGACAUACGGGUGAGAAACCAUUCAGUUGCAAUGUGUGCGCUAAAAGAUUUUAUGAUAAGUAUGAGAUUAAGAAACACAAGUGCACUUUGGCAUAUAAAACAGAAAUCAAUGAUACUGCAGGACUUUAAAUGAACUGUAAAUGAAAUUUCUGACAAGUUCAGAAAGUUUUAUGGGUUGCAAUAAAAUGAGAAAUCACUAUCAAUACAAUAACAAUUCAAUUUAAUGUGUCAUACCGUCAUCAAGUCAUUACAAAGCCUCAAAUAAAUUACAAUUUUACUCAAGUCUGGAGAAUAAUUAUUGCACCUUGUGGUCCAAUAACCUUGCACACUAAGCAAAUACACGAUGCAGAUCUUUUUGUUGUUACUUUUACAACUACAUUUAAAUCGUACUUGCUUGAUAUUGCAUUCUAAAAAUUACAAUUUAAUUUUCUAACACUUGCCUAUGGCUAAUUAAUGUGCAUCAUAACUGUAUGUUUGCUUGUUAUAAUAUUAUCCUCUAUAUGUUUAUGAUUGCUUCUACUGGACACCAAAAUUAUCUCCUGCAUCAAUAAAGUAUUAUUCCCGA